AUGGCUGUGGGUUCUCAAAGUGACAAUGAAGACUUUGGUGACCUGGAGCCGAAGGACAGGGCUAGGCAGCUGGACUGCAUGGCCUGCAGAGUGCGAGCAAACCCAGCGGCCACAGACCCUGUGCAAAGAACUCCAAGUACUGGUGCAGUUUCUGCUCCCUCCCACCUGGAUGCUUCUGAUGACCUCGAUGACCUUGAUGUGCUCAGGACCCGACGCGCUGUGGGAGCUGCAGGUUACCCUGCAGACACAACCAAGUCCAAGAACCACACCACACACAGCCAGUCCCUCAAAUGGCACAGAAAUGGCAUCAAGAAGCCCCAGUCACGAAGAUAUGAAUCUCUUAAGGGGGCUGACCCCAAGUUCCUGAGGAACAUGCGCUUUGCCAAGAAGCACAACAGGAAAGGCCUGAGGAAAAUGCAAGCCAACAAUGCCAAGGCCGUGAGGGCACGCGCAGAGGCCAUCAGGGCCCUGGUGAAGCCUCAGGCCAUCAAGCCCAAGAUGCUAAAGGGCUCCAGCCGCAAACUCAGCCGUCUGGCUUUCAUCACUCACCCCAAGCUUGGCAAGAGGAUUCGAAGAUACAUGGCCAAGAGUCGUAGGCUCUGCCAGCCAAAGCCCAAGGUUCAAACCAAGGCAGAGGCCACAGCUCCAGCUAAGGCCCAGGCUUCAGCUCCAGCCCAGGCUCCAAAGCAGAUCAGUACAACAGCCAGCACCAAAUAUGAUUCAGGAGGGGAUUUCACAGGGGAGAAAAAGCAAGAGUGUGGUGGAAACAUUGUGGCAGUGGCUGUGCACACUCAGGAGCUCCUGCUCAAGCUGCAACAAAGCACCCUGCGCUCUGAAGACAGCAGCUUAGCGGGUUAA